UCGGGCCCCCGGGGUGGGGGGGGGAGAGGGGAGGGGAGGGAGUGAGUGAGUGAGUGAGGAGGGGAGUCCGCCGCCGAGGGACCCCGCGGGGGGUAGGGGGGGAUGAGGGAGUACAAGGUGGUGGUGCUGGGCAGCGGCGGGGUGGGCAAGUCGGCCCUGACGGUGCAGUUCGUGACCGGGACUUUCAUCGAGAAGUACGACCCGACCAUCGAGGACUUCUACCGCAAGGAGAUCGAGGUGGACUCGUCGCCCUCGGUGCUGGAGAUCCUGGACACCGCCGGCACCGAGCAGUUCGCCUCCAUGAGAGACUUGUACAUCAAGAACGGGCAGGGCUUCAUCCUGGUGUACAGCCUGGUCAACCAGCAGUCCUUCCAGGACAUCAAGCCCAUGAGGGACCAGAUCAUCCGCGUCAAGCGCUACGAGAAGGUGCCUCUCAUCCUGGUGGGCAACAAGGUGGACCUGGAGAGCGAGCGGGAGGUGUCGGCCGCCGAGGGCCGGGCUCUGGCCGAGGAGUGGGGCUGCCCCUUCCUGGAGACCUCGGCCAAGAGCAAGACCAUGGUGGACGAACUGUUCGCCGAGAUCGUGCGGCAGAUGAACUACACGGCGCUGCCGGAUAAGGAGGAUCAGUGCUGCUCGUGUGCCCUCCAGUGAACACAAAGCGAGAACCUCGCACCCAUGGCCAUAUUGGAACAGUUGGAUGAGCUCAGUGAAAAUUUGCACAGAAGCUGCUUCAGAACCUACAUCCCUUUAGGUAAAAGAGGAGCCUUGGAAAAAUGUGUCUGAAAUGUACAGUCGUGCUCUUCUACAGCACAUUGCCAUUGUUUGAAAAGUACAUCGGGUCAAUGCUCGAGGAUAUCUACAAACCCUUAUUGUGAAGCUGUAGCACAUUUGCUCUGCAUUUGAAACAUUAAGCCCAAACAAUUCCCUGCUUUACGAACAAGCCUUUUUGUAGUAGCUUCAUACUUUCAUUUUUAAAAGUUAAUAUGCAAAAAUUCAUUUGUAAUUUUAAUUUUUUUCAUUUCCUUGGAAAAUUUGUAUUUAUUGAAAACCUAAUUGCACAUGUUUUACAGUAUUAAAAUCAGUAAAUGCCUUUAAAAGAUUGUCUUUAAAGGGGAGUAAAUUGAGCCUUAAACAAUGACAGAUGCAUUGUACAGCACCUUGCUAUUUAGAGCUAAUUCAAUUUGUCCCCUUUUGUGGUUACUAUGUUUACAUGUCAGCCCUCAUCAAACAAACUCAUGGAACAUUUUCUUUAAAUGGAACAUUUGCUAAAAUCAGUUGUGAUGUUCUGGAGGCAGUUCUUUCUAUAACAUGUUGAGUUUAACUGCAUUAAAACGGCUGUGAUAGUUUUAUUAAGAGAAAUAAAUCACUGUAAAAAAUAAUCUGAAACUGGAGUACUUUCAUAGUCAUUCAGUUAACUGCCUACUGUACCCACAUGUAGCUGAAUACACCAGUGUUUCAAUAAGAAUAAGGCAGUAGACAACGGUGCAUAUCUUUACUGUAUAAUUUAACAAGAAACUGACCAACAGUUUAAAGGAGUUGUGUUUUCAUUGCUGCCUUGAAAGCUCCAGGAACUGCCAUUAUAAUUAAACUGAGAAUUCUGUGAGCCGCACCAAUUAUGCAACAAACUGGAAUCGGAUGUUUCCAGAGCAUCAUGUAAUGGGAAAGAAUGAAUGAAACUCCUGCAGAAGUGGGCUGUUCUAUUUGUCAGCCGGAAUAUCAACAUGAAAGUCAUCUUUCUCGUGAGCUGGCUUUCAUUGUUUGCGAAUGGAAGAAUGGCUUCAGAUAUUUUUAGUAUUCCCCAAUCUGCAUGGAAACAUAGUGACUUUUACAAACCAUACUGUUAAUAAAGCAUUCAUUACAAAUGGAUUUUGAAAUUUAGCUAUAUGUAUUUUCUUUAAUAAAAGCAAUAUGUUACUUUUAAUUACAACUUGAACUGUCAAGGAUUAUACUCAUUUUCUUUUCUGCAUCUAGCAGGUUUAUUUGUGUUUUACCAUCUGUAUUGUGAAAGGCAGAAAUGCUCUGUGCUGAAUAUUGUAUGGGGGGGGGCUUUCCUUCAUUCUUCAGUUUUCCCUAAUUUUGUUUACCUAUUCAUGAUGAAUAUUCUGAGAACUUGAAAUGUGAUACACAGGUAUUAAAUGGUGCACAUUUAACUAUAUAGUCAACUUCAAGAAAUGCAAUUUUUUUUGUUGAAAUGAGUCGUUUUUUUUAAAAAAACAAAAGCUCAUGGGUUUUCUACAUUCAGAAUAACAGUCUGGAAUUUUUUAAACAUUUUUGUGCAUUGCACCAAUAAAAAUACAGCUGACCAAUUGCACCAAGGUAUUUUCAUUCAAAAAGGAAAAAAGCACAUGUUUUCACAAAUGCUGGGCAAAAAUUAAAAAACUAAACUAGUGCUGUCUGAAAUUUUUGACUGAAAAUCAAGGUGAAGGAGUGGAAAAAAUUAGGCUACCUGUGACUUUGUAAUAUGAAAUCAUUUCUUGAUUCAUUCAUUUGCUGGUCAUUUUGGAAAGACAAACCUACUGUCUACUGAUUUGUAAUUUUUUAAAUAAAGAUAAUUCUGGUUUACAUGUA